AUGGGCUUUGUUGUCUCUGAUGAUGCUCGUGGCGGUUCUUUGGUUUUCAUCAAAUUGGCGUUGGACUCUGCAGUCCGCAAGGUCGCAAUUCCGGCAUUUGGCCAGUCGGGCGAUGUUACGGUCGUAAACGGUAGCCUCUGCUGCCAUCUCUUCAAUGACAAGAAGCGCCAUACUGAUGGUCCGCUAAACUAUGCCUCUGCUUUCAUAGUGGCACGCAUUAAAUUUGGCUCUGAGGUAACUAUAGCUGGCGUCAAAAUCGAUAUGCCUAUUGGUGUAUGCCUCGUUCGAGUGUAUUGCUUCAAUUAA